GUCGGGCUGCACAACCUCGCUUUCAAGCCGCACGUGUAUAUCAGGAAAUCGCACGAGACAUAGAGGAUAGUGCGCAGCAAGUAUGCCUGUCAUUGAGAUAACCCAGCUGCGUCUGAAGGGAAUGGCCGCCGAUGAUCCCGCGCUGCUCGCGAGCCUAUCGCUGGUCCGAGGCAGACUGCAGAGCAGUUCGCGUUUUUUUCAGCUGCAUCGGAGAUUCAAGCCUCGUUUAUAUUUUUGGCGUCUGGCCAAGUCUAGAAGCGCACCUGCAAUUCUUGGAUUCUCCAGCACGGGACGAGGUUUUGGGUCCGCAAGAGGAGAUCCUUGACUUCCAGUGGACAAUUCAUCUGGAUCUAAAGUCCAUCAGUCCAUUACUGUUGGAUGCGCCGUUUAUAGUACUACAAAGACUUGAAAUCAACGUCGGCUGCGUUGAGAGCUAUAACAAGAUCAUUGACGAACACGUGCGAACUCUACAACGCGCAGGUCGCUUGAACGUUACGUAUGGAUGGCGAUGCGAUUCACCAGUCGGAGGCUCUGAGGCAGCUAUUCUUACCAGCUGGGCUGUCGAAGAGUCUGGCGACACUGAAGUAGGUAGCCAGAUUGCCCUGAAUAGCAAUGACGACCAAUCUCAUCGCCAAAUUCUCUUCCAUCACGGUUGGAACAUCGAGCACUAUCAACACAGGGGACCAGUCGACAGAAUGCAAUGACCACAAGGGUUGUGUUUAGUUCUUCGCGCUUAGCUGUACCUUUCGCGAUCAACAUCAUACUGCCAAGGGUCCACCACAGCAUUCCAUCGACGACCUGGAACGAGAGACUUUCCAUUCUUGGGCAAUGGCCACGAGACAAUCACCGACUCUACGGGCCUUCGUUAGUGCCAAUGGUGUUCCGAGGGCCUUUCAGCUGUAACAAGUGGCUGGCUUUCAGGUAACACGAACGUGAGAAGCUUCGAC